AUGGAACAACAUCCAACGGAACAACAACCAAAGGAACAACAACCAACAUCCAACGGAACAACAACCAACGGAACAACAACAACCAAAAUCCAACGGAACAACAACCAAAGGAACAACAACCAACAUCCAACGGAACAACAACCAACAUCCAACGGAACAACAACCAAAGGAACAACAACCAACAUCCAACGGAACAACAACCAAAGGAACAACAACCAACAUCCAACAGAACAACAACCAACAUCCAACGGAACAACGACCAAAGGAACAACAACCAACAUCCAACGGAACAACCAACAUCCAACGGAACAACAACCAACGGAACAACAACAACCAACAUCCAACGGAACAACAACCAAAGGAACAACAACCAACAUCCAACAGAACAACAACCAAAGGAACAACAACCAACAACAUCCAACGGAACAACAACCAAAGGAACAACAACCAACAUCCAACGGAACAACAACCAAAGGAACAACAACCAACAUCCAACGGAACAACAACCAAAGGAACAACCAACAUCCAACAGAACAACAACCAAAGGAACAACAACCAACGGAAAAACAACCAAAUGAACAACAACCAACAUCCAACGGAACAACAACCAAAGGAACAACCAACAUCCAACAGAACAACAACCAACAUCCAACGGAACAACCAACAUCCAACGGAACAACAACCAAAAGGAACAACAACCAACAUCCAACGGAACAACCACCAACGGAACAACAACCAACAUCCAACGGAACAACAACCAAAGGAACAACAACCAACAUCCAACGGAACAACAACCAAAGGAACAACAACCAACAUCCAACGGAACAACCAACAUCCAACGGAACAACAACCAAAGGAACAACAACCAACAUCCAACGGAACAACAACCAACGGAACAACAACCAACAUCCAACAGAACAACAACCAACAUCCAACAGAACAACAACCAAAGGAACAACAUCCAACAUCCAACGGAACAACAACCAACGGAACAACAACCAACAUCCAACGGAACAACAACCAACAUCCAACGGAACAACAACCAACGGAACAACAACCAACGGAACAAGGAACAAGGAACAACGAACAACAUACAACAUCCAACAUCAUCAAGAACUCACAAGACUGAACAAGACACAGGGCUUAAAUACAUACAGGACUAACGACGAGACAAGGGAAGGGACACCUGUGAACAUUUAA